AUGUCGUUCGCUCCUCCCGAGGCCCACCAGCAAUUCCAGCACAUUCUCCGUCUGCUCAACACCAACGUCAAGGGAACUGGAAAGAUCAUGUUCGCUUUGACUGAAAUCAAGGGUGUUGGAAGGCGUUACGCCAACUUGGUCUGCAAGAAGGCCGAUGUCGACAUGAACAAGCGUGCCGGAGAGCUCAACUCUGAUGAACUCGAGCGGAUCGUUACCAUCAUGCAAAACCCUGCCCAGUUCAAGAUCCCCAACUGGUUCCUUAACAGACAAAAGGACAUGACCGACGGCAAAUACUCUCACACCCUCUCCAACGCUAUCGACCAAAAACUCAGAGACGACCUCGAGCGACUCAAGAAGAUCAGAUCUCACCGUGGUCUUCGACACCACUGGCAGUUGAAGGUUAGGGGUCAACACACCAAGACCACUGGUCGACGUGGAAAGACCAUCGCUGCCAAGAAGAAGUAG